GACAUCAGAACGUUGUUGCCAAUGCACUUUCCCGCCAACGAAUUAAUAACACAUCUAAUUCUAAUAAUUCCCAACAUUCAGCACAAAGCUCUCCUAUAGAAAAAAUUAAACGUGUAAAGCAACCAUUAAAUUGCUUUAAAAAUCAAAUUAUUAUAAAACAAUCAGACACAAACCCCACCCAAGUAUCAUCCCAAAAUAUCUUUUCUAACAGUAGACAUACAAUUUUUUUUAACACUAAAACUGAGCUAUUGGACAGAUUAAAAAAUGUAAUCAAACCACAAGUUGUAAAAGCUCUACAAAUAAAUGAACAAAUAUUAUUUUUCGUUGAAAAUGAAAUUAUCAGUGCAUUUCCCAGUGUGUAUUGUUCUAACUCAUAAAACGGUUGAAGACAUAAACGAAAUCAAAAGACAAAAACAAAUCAUAAAUGACACAUAUAGACGUGCACACAGAAAUUACAAAAAUAACGCACAGGAAAUUUCGUUAAAAUAUUACUGGCCAAACAUACGAGACGCUUGUAAAAAAGAAGUACAAGACUGUGAAAUCUGUCUAACAAACAAAUACGAACGCCGACCAAACAAACAACCGAUUGGUGCAGCACCAACACCAAACAAAGUAGGAGAAUACAUACACUUAGAUUUAUUCUAUAUGAGCGAUAACAUACAUAUACAUUAGCUCAACUGACAAAUACCCAAAUUUUGCCACUUCAGACUAAUACCUUCAAGAAAAGAUAUAUACAAGUAUGUCGACGAGAUACUUUCACAAAUAUACCCAAACGCAAAGUUUCUAAUGACUGAUAACCAAUUAUCAUUUACAAGCUUAUGUGCACUACAAAAGGUUACAAAUAGCGCAAACCAAAACGCCAGCGUUUCAUUCUACUACAAACGGGCAAGAAGAGCGUACGCACAGAUAUUUGAAGCCGUUCGGCAAUACAAUAAAACGAUCCAUUCUGUAACCAACGAGAAACCCGAGGACGCGUUCUUCAAUCAAAAGGGGUAUCCUGACAUCCACGAACGUCUACAAGAAAAUCAGGAACGAGUCUUACGUUAUCAGAAUCGUAAUCGACAGCAGCUGAAUUAUAGACAAGAAUCCACAAACAUAGAUGGUAUUACAUAUUACAACCAUCAACAACAACUCAUAGAAAUCAUACACAACCAGCACAGCGAAAAACUUGAAGUACUCCGCAUUCUUUCCUCGAAAUCAAAUUACAAGUUCAGUAAUAUACAGGAAAUUUCAACGUUUUUAAUUCCUGUCGAAGAAAAUUCAGUGCAGUUCACACUUAUUAUCAUUAUGGCAUUUCUUACCUUCACGACUACUAUUUAUGGUUUAGUACACCUCUGCAAAUAUUGCCAAAAUGUUAGAAUGCUCAACAGACAACGACAAAUCGACGGCUUAUUUGAAAUUGAACUGAACCGCCUACACCAACAGCAAUUAGCAGCAAAGUAACGAGGACGCUCCAUUUUAACACGGAGGAGAGUUAAGGAACAUGUGUUACUUAUCACAUUUUUGUACCGAAUACAUAAAUUAUCAACUGGCAACCUAAACAAACAAUAACAAUAGUCUCGCCUAGUAUCAUAAAUGUAACAAACAAAAUGUAUGUGCGAAAAUGUAAACUGCACUAUCAAUACAACAAACCAAAUGUAUCUAAACAAACAAUAUAUCUGUAAACAAACCUAAACAAAUAAUAUAAUCUGUAUCUAACAAAAUAUCAACUAGCAAAAAGUAAACAUACUAGUUAGUAUAAAUAGAAGUAAGAUUAUGAAAAAUAGGCAGUAAGAAAUUAUGAAUAAACAAGAAAAAACGUUAACUUCGGCUGCACCGAAGCUAAUAUACCCUUCA